AGCAGACGGGUGCCAGUCUGGUCUGUAGCCACGAUGGAUGCAAUAGCAUACCUUCUGCUGGUCCUGCUGUUCGGGACAAGGUUACAUGAUAUUGAUGCCCUCCAGUGUUACUGUGACCGCUGCAGCGCCAACUCCAGCUGCACCACAGAUGGCGUCUGCUUUGUGGCCAUUAAGAAGUCGGGGAGCCAGCAGAUCUCAGAACAGCGUCAGUGCAUACAUGACAGUGAACUGAUCCCUCGAGACAGACCCUUCGUCUGCGCCCCGAACUCCAGAACGGACACUGGCAUCUUCCCCAUGUGCUGCUCGUCUGACUACUGCAACAAGGAGCCGGAUUUCACAGUCUUUCCAGAAGAAGAAAAACCCCAGUCUUUGGGCCCUGUGGCCCUCGCUGCGGUGAUUGCAUGCCCAGUGUGUGUGCUGUGUCUGCUGCUCAUUCUGGCAUUCUACAUCUGCCACAACCAAAGAGGUCUGGGUGCCGGCGGAGCGGGGGCCCUCCACCACCGUGUGCCCAAUGAGGAGGACCCCUCCAUGGAUCACCCCUUCAUCACUGUUGGAACAACGCUCAAAGACCUCAUCUAUGACAUGACCACAUCCGGCUCUGGAUCAGGCCUGCCUCUUCUGGUCCAGAGGACCAUCGCCAGAACUAUCAUCCUGCAGGAGAGCAUUGGGAAAGGACGUUUUGGUGAGGUGUGGAGGGGUAAGUGGCGUGGUGAGGAGGUGGCGGUGAAGAUCUUCUCCUCCAGAGAAGAGCGCUCCUGGUUCCGUGAAGCUGAGAUCUACCAGACCGUCAUGUUGCGCCACGAGAACAUCCUGGGCUUUAUCGCUGCCGAUAACAAAGAUAACGGAACCUGGACUCAGCUGUGGCUGGUGUCAGACUACCAUGAACACGGCUCUCUGUUUGACUACCUGAACCGCUACACGGUCACUGUGGAGGGCAUGAUCAAGCUGUCGCUGUCCACCGCAAGCGGCCUGGCCCACCUUCACAUGGAGAUCGUAGGGACACAAGGAAAACCAGCUAUCGCUCACAGAGACCUAAAGUCCAAGAACAUCCUGGUGAAGAAGAAUGGGACCUGCUGCAUUGCUGACCUGGGUCUGGCUGUUCGACAUGACUCCGCCACCGACACCAUCGACAUCGCUCCAAACCACAGAGUGGGAACCAAAAGGUACAUGGCUCCAGAGGUGCUGGAUGACUCCAUCAACAUGAAGCACUUUGAGUCGUUCAAACGGGCCGAUAUCUAUGCCAUGGGCCUGGUGUUCUGGGAGAUUGCCAGCCGCUGCUCUGUGGGAGGCAUUCACGAGGACUACCAGCUGCCCUACUAUGACCUGGUCCAGUCAGAUCCAUCAGUGGAGGAAAUGAAAAAGGUGGUCUGUGAGCAGAAACUUCGACCAAAUAUUCCCAACCGCUGGCAGAGCUGUGAGGCUCUGCGGGUUAUGGCUAAGAUCAUGAGGGAGUGUUGGUACGCCAACGGUGCUGCCCGGCUCACCGCGCUCCGGAUCAAGAAGACGCUGUCUCAGCUCAGCCAGCAGGAGGGAAUCAAGAUGUAGACCCAGCUCCCAAACACACACUCACACACACAUCUCUGACUGGGAUCUAUACCAUUAGCAUUACACCAUCUGUGUCCUGACAAGCCCUCAGCCUGUCCUGAAGGGAAGCUGAGGACAUUUUGUAUCUCACUCACCGCCUGAGGAGGCUGGUGUCCUGCUGGACAGCUGGACUGAUGUCUGGUGGAGACAUCUGAUGGAGAAGGUCUGUGCCUGGGGGGAGGAAGCCUCCUAUCACUGACGUUUCAUUAGAGCAUCCUCUUCAAUCAUUACCAUAAACCUUUCUGUAAGCAAUCCAAACCUUUCCCCUCAGUAGGGCUGCAGCUCUGGAGAUGUUAGGGAAAGAACUUGUGAUUUUCUAAGUAGUAUUGAAUGUGCUUUUUAUUGGGAGACUGACCUUGUGUCAUAUCGUUGCUAUUGCAACUCCCAGGAAGCCUAGAGUGUCGUCAGCUUGUAAGGGAUGUGACAGCUGCUCCACAGACGACUCCGUGUGGCCCUGAGAUGCGUUAAAGGACAGAAAAUGUCGCAUUUUAGUCAAUGAGCCAGUCAGCACCAGUGUCCAAAUUGGUGCUGACUGUUUGGACUGGGUCAUGACUGGGUGAUCAUCUGGAGAAACAGGAGCAUCAUGGCAUCCCAUGCAUCAUUGGAAGAAUGGAAGGAACAGCAGCUGUUCCAGUCAAAGAGCCAGACAUUGAAAAUAUCCAAUCAACUCUGACCAAUAGAUUAGAUUGUUUUAUUUAUUGCAGAGAAACUACUGCAAUACAUAGCUAUUAAAUGUUAUUUACUACAAACAUCCUGCAACAUCCUAAGUGCAGGAUGUUCUCUGCACUUAGAAGCCAACAUCCUGAGCUUUGAUACACUUCCUUUCAUUUGAAUGAAGAGUAAAUAAAGUAUGGAUGUUAGGGGUGUGUUUGAUACACACAUCAGAGUACCUGUGAAUGAACAGAGACCUCUGACCUGCAGGACAUUCUCACUGCAGCUUUAAUACAUAAGCUACCAUCUCACACUUCAAAGCAAAAACAUGUACAGGAACUGAUUUUACUUCAAUCAGAAAAGCAACCAUUAUUGGUACUGUUACUGAAAGGAUCUCAAAUAUUUUAUGGCAACAAAACGGAUACUUGUUAGUUAUUCAUCCUACUAGAAUAUAAACAUUUGCUGAGCUUAACUGUAGAUUUCAGAUGGCCAGAAUAUAAUUGUUUUGCUACUCAGCUCUUUACCAAGCAGGUGUUACUGGGUUAGCUAGCCAGCCCUCACUCUGGUGGUCCACUCUGAGCUGGUAGUUGUGGGCUCUCUGACUCUCUGACAGGCUAAAGAAUGCUUUCUUCAUUUAUUCUAACAGAUUUGAAUAGGGAUGAUGUUUGCAGCCCUACUGUACAGUUUUCCUACCUUGGAUGGAGACCUAGAGGUCCCAUCAGGGGCCCCAUGGUCAGGUUGUGAUGCUAAAGCUCUUCAUCAUGUCGUCACUCAGUCAUACAGGUGAAUUUAAUUUAUUGUGUAUGUAUUUGGAUUUUCUUUCUGGUGGUAAGGGACUUUUUGUGCUAAACUGAACCGGACAUGGUGACCUCAUUCAUCUUUGGUGAACAUGCUGCAACAUAUGCAAUAUACAGUAGAUAAAUGUGUCUAUUUUCUAUACUCUGCUCUGCUAAAACAUAAACAGCAAGACCAACAACAAUCAGCUGCCACCAUGCCUUCCAAACCAGCCGGAACCGGAAAGUGCCAGUGCUUUAAAACCCAACUCCUCUCAUGUCGGUUGCUGUGGCAUGCUUGUUCUCUCUCUCUGUGUGUGUGUGUGUGUGUGUGUGUGUGUGUGU